GUUGUGUAGCUGGACUCUCAUCCAAUUACAAAAUUAAAACUACUUGGAUCUGUGCUGCUGUGCACGGGGAGUCUAAUAGUGUAACAGAUCAUCAGUUUUACGAGUUGUAACAGUGUGGCUGGCAAGUCUGUCAAAACAUGGCUGCUUACUCAAAGCUUCUGAAGUAGUAAAAUGAAGAAAUGAGAGAAAGAUAAAGAGACCAGAGAAACCAGCAAAGGAUCAUGGGAUGUGGCAUGGGAAAAUCAGAAAAUCAGCUGAAGAAAUGUGACAGAGGUAUUGGCGUUACUAAAAUAAUUCCAGCUGCCACAGCUAUCAGAGCAGCUCUGCUCAUCCAGCGCUGGUACCGUCGGUAUGUGGCCCGGCUUGAAAUGAGACGCAGGUGCACUUGGAAUAUCUUCCAGUCUAUUGAAUAUGCAGGAGAGCAAGACCAGAUCAAGCUUUAUAAUUUCUUUGGCUACUUGAUGGAACACUUUACUCCAGCCAGCAGUGAAAGGAACCUAAUAUCCCACAUCUUUCAUACAAAUGAAUGCUGUCGUGACACAGAGUGGGAGAGUUAUUUUUGCUACAAGAGCAUCCAGGUGCCUGACAGCUACCCUGGCCCUCACCUGACCUUCCCCAUGACCUUCAGCGGGGUGUCAAAGCUAGUGGAGGCCUUCAAGCACAAACAACAGCUCCAUGCUCGAUAUGUUCUGCAGCUUCUUGGAGAGACUUGCAGACUUCUAAGAAUUCUUCCAAAUAUCAAUCGUGUCUCGAUUUGUCACAACAAGGAAAUUACCAUAUGCGGAGAUUUACAUGGACACCUUGAAGAUCUGCUGUUGAUAUUCUACAAGAAUGGUUUGCCGUCCUCUGAGAAACCGUACGUCUUUAAUGGAGACUUUGUUGAUCGCGGUAAGAGCUCCUUGGAGAUCCUGCUCAUUCUGUUCGGGUUCCUGAUGGUCUAUCCCAACGAUGUCCAUAUCAACAGAGGGAACCACGAGGACCACAUUGUUAACCUCAGAUAUGGCUUCACCAAGGAAGUUUUGGGAAAAUACAGGGUGCAUGGCAAGAAGAUCUUAAAGCUUCUGCAGAAGAUUUUCAGCGGGCUGCCUCUGGCCACAGUAAUUGAUCACAAGGUGCUGAUCGUCCAUGGAGGGAUCUCUGACAUGACGGAUCUUAACAUGAUAUCCAGAGUGGACAGACACAAAUAUGUCUCAGCUCUAAGACCUCCUAAGCAGAGCCAACAUGGAGUCUACGGCACAAAGACUCAGACAAUGAACACGGGGGAGGUCGGCGGACCAGUGGAAGGCCGGCGUCGAGUGCGUUCUCUGACUUACCAUGGUUCAACCUCGGCUUUAAUACACAACAUGCCACGGCGCUCACUCAACUGUUCGCCUACAAGCAGUCGUCUCAACUGUUCGCUGGAAGAGGAGCUGAAAAAGAGGCGCAGAUUGGCUGGGUUUGAUCAGUCCUACGGAGAACCGAGGAAGAGCGACUCGGAAUCAGAUCCAGAGUCUUGUGAAACAGCAGAUGAGCAGGAGUGGAAACAGAUAGUGGACAUGUUGUGGAGUGACCCAAUGCCCCAAAGCGGCUGCAUUCCCAAUGAGGUGCGAGGCGGAGGUUGCUACUGGGGACCAGAUGUCACUGAGAAAGUGCUGGGAAGACACAACCUCCACCUUCUCAUCCGUUCACACGAGUGCAAACAGGAGGGCUAUGAGUUCUGCCACAACCGCAGGGUGCUGACGAUAUUUUCAGCCUCUAAUUACUAUGAAGUGGGGAGCAACCGAGGAGCCUACAUCAGAAUGGGCUCGGAUCUGGUCCCCCACUUCUCCCAGUAUCAGGCCAGUAGGACCAGCAGAGAGCUCACCCUGAGACAAAGUGUCAGUUGGACAGAGAGAUCGGCCCUGCAAGCUCUUCGUAAACAACUCUUUGUACAUAAGUCAGUUCUCAUCAGUGCCUUCCAGGAGUUUGAUCCUCACAACACAGGGAUAAUCUCUCUGAGUCAUUGGGCUAGUGCAACGGAGAGAGUACUGAAUCUGGCUCUGCCAUGGAGGGUGCUGCGUCCUCAGCUUGUCAGCAGCACCCACUUUGGCAUGGUGGACUACCAGCAGUGGAUAAGGGAGCUCUCUAUUCCCGAGCCAAAGUCAGAGAUCUCCGACGACAGUAUCCUGGAGACUAUGUACAAGAACCACUCCAACUUGGAAACCAUUUUCCGGAUCAUAGACACGGAUCACUCGGGCUUGAUCUCUUUCGAGGAGUUUCGGCAAACCUGGAAACUCUUAAGUUCCCAUCUUAAGACAGAGAUCAGUGACGAGGCCAUCGCAGACCUGGCCAAGAGCAUCGACUUCAACAAAGAUGGGAGCAUCGAUAUUAAUGAGUUUAUGGAGGCAUUUCGGCUGGUUGACCUCACUGCACAUACUUGAGAGCGAGGAUCAGGAUCUGUAGGAGAACCUGUAAAGAGAAUAUCGUGUUGGACACAUUUGUUGACCUACAGCAGCCUUGGGUUCGAAUCCAACCUCGGCCCUCUGCUGCUUGUCGUCCCCCACUCUCUCCUCCCAACACU